AUGGUAAAUUUUAAAUUCUUAUCAAAUUUUAAAUACAAGAGUAUAAAUUGUAUUAUUAUUUGUAAAAUUCAAAUAUUAUCUAAAAUAUUAAAAAAAUUUUUAUUAAAUAAGAACAUUAAUGUUAUGAAUUUUUUUAUAUUAUUACAUUUUUCAUUAAUUCAAUAUUUAAUUGGUUAUAAAAUAUUAAUCUAUAGUCCUGAAAUUGGUCAUAGUCAUGUUAAUUUUAAUAUAAGAAUUGCAAAUACUCUUAUUGAAGCUGGACAUAAUGUUACUUAUCUUAAAAUUAGUAUAGCAAAAAAUAUUAAUUUUAAGACAAAAGCAAAUAUCAUUGAAACAACAUCAAAUAAAAAAUUUUUAAAUUUAUUUAAUAAUGUUGUUGGAGUUAAAAAUAUGUGGACUAUGAAAGAUAGUUUUAUUGAACAAAUGACAGAUUUUUCACAAUUUACAAAUGGUUUGGUAGUAUUAUGUCAAUCUAUAUUUGAAGAUGACAAAUUGACAGAUAUAAUAAGAAAUGAAAAAUAUGAUAUAUUUAUUGGUGAAUUUUAUACAUUAUGUCCAGUUUUUUUAAAAAAAUAUUGGAAUAUUGAAAAUAGUAUAUUUACAUCAGCAAUGACAAAUAAUGAACUUUUAUAUGAUUAUUUUGGAUUAUAUUUUCCAUCAAGUUAUGUACCAACAAUGUAUCAUAAUGCAAAUGAUAAUAUGCCUUAUCUUCAACGUUGGAGUAAUUUUAUUGAUUAUUAUAUAUCAAAAAUAUUUUUUAAAUAUAUUUUGGUUCCAAAAUUUCAAUUAAUUUAUCAAAAUAAAUCUAAUGAUUUUACUUUUUCAAUUACUGAAAUUGCAAAAGAAACUGGAGCAAUAUGGAUAAAUACUUUACCUUUUAUAGAUUUUCCAAGUCCAAUAACAUCAAAAUUACAUUAUAUUGGUGGUGCUGGUCUUCCAGAAACUAAGCCUCUUGAUGAUAAAUGGAAUAAUAUUUUAAAUAAAAGAGAUUUUAAUGUUUUAAUUUCUUUUGGUUCAAUUGCUAAAUCAUAUACAAUGUUAGAAGAAUAUAAAAAAGGAAUUUUAAAAGCAUUUACUGAUUUAAGUAAUAUAACUUUUAUAUGGAAAUAUGAAAAAAAUGAGACAACACUCCCAUUAAAAGUACCAUCAAAUGUUAUAAUAAUUGAUUGGAUACCACAAAAUGAUUUAUUAAAUGAUAAUAGAUUAAAUUUAUUCAUAACACAUGGUGGAAUAAAUUCAAUUGUUGAGGCAGCAUCUAGAUCAACACCAAUAAUAUGUGUACCACUUUUUGGUGAUCAAAAAAGAAAUGCUGGUAUGGUACAAAGAUUAGGUUUUUCAGAGUAUUAUGAUAAAGAAAAUUUAUCAAAUUCUGAAUUGUUAAAAAAAACUAUACUUAAAAUAAUUCAUAAUAAAACAUAUAGUAAAAGAGCUAAUAGAAUAGGAACAUUAAUGAAAGAUGUACCAUUUAAGGCAAAUGAAAUUAUUAUAAAAACAACAGAAUUUAUUGGUAAAAAUGGUAAUAUUCCUGAAAUGAAUUUACAUGGGUCAAAUAUGGGUAUAAUUGAAUUUUUUAAUCUUGAUAUAAUUUUUAUACUCAUAGUAUUAUUAAUUUUAGUAUUUUUAUCUUUUUAUCAUUUGACAAAAAAAAUUUUUAAGUCUAAUUAUAAAUACAAAUCAGAUUAA